UGUAUUAGUAUAAGUUUAAGCGGAGCAUCACAUCGAUGACGUUUGACCUCAGUUUGUCAUACAUCAACAACUAACUCAUCACCGACGAUUAUUGUAAGCUGUUCAUAGAAAAUAAGAAAGCAAUUGUUUGAGAUUAAAAAAUAUUCAUGUGUAAUAGGAAAAGCAUAGAAAUAAAACUAGGAUAUCGAUAUAGAAACGAUGGCAAAAAAGAACAGAAAGAGUAAAAGGAAUCCAGAAACAGUGCUCCUCAAAACAGAACAAGAAGAUCAACUUUUACUAGAAAAUGGAAUACUAGGAGAAAUUCCUGAAAUCGCCGAAAAAUAUCGUUGUGCAUAUUGUGUGAAUGAAAAUCAAUGGAACGAAACAUACGAAAACCCAAAAGAUGUCCAAGCUCAUUGGAAAGCAGUACAUAUGAACCCACAGAACAUAAAACCAUUUAAAUAUCUUGUGAUCGAAUAUGCCGAGUGUUUCUAUUGUCGAGAGACGGGAACCUUUUAUGAUCUCGUCCAACAUCAUAAGAAGCGACAUCAUCAAUUGAAAUUUGUUAUAAUCAAACAGAACGAUAUGCGAAGAUGCGCCCUUUGCCCAUUCGACGGAAAAGAUAUUGUUGGUCAUUUUGAACUCCGGCAUAAAUUGGCAUUGAAAACAGUUGCGGCAAGACGCCGUCACAUAUUACACAUACCAAAACAGUUAAGCCAUACGGAGCUGAUUCGUCGUAUAGAGAGUUCAGUGCAGAAGAAGCAAAAAUGCGAUUAUUGUAAUACAAUUUGUGAAACAGAGUGCGAUUUACGUUUACAUAACAUUCAAAAUCAUCGAUCUCAAAUGAACUUCGAUGAUAUUUAUGACAAUUACAACAUCGAUCUCAUUUGCAAUUGUUGUCACAUUAAAAUUGACAAGGACUCUUAUUUCUCCCAUGUUGAACAAAUCGCAUUUAAUUUCAAUUGUCAUCAGUGUGAUUUUCAAACAGAAGACUUGAUUGAACUAGUAAAGCAUGAUAAAAUGAUGCAUAAUUUAUUGAAUAGCUUCGAGUAUCGUUGUCUGCAAUUUAAAAAUCGAUUGAAACGGGACUUUCUGAAGACCCAAGUAACGUUUGGUAACGGUUUUACGUUGAAUUUAUUUUAACCAUAGGUCACCAAACAGCAUUUAUUGAACACCACUUACGAUGAUAGUAAGGAGUUCGAAGUAUUUAUAAGUAAUAUUUUAACAGUCAAGAAGGAAAGACGCGACAGUAUGGAAAGAACUAAAUGAAUCAGCUGCAAACACAGCCAACACUUUGAUUUGUUUUUUUAAUCGAAUUUUAACCAAAAACUGUUUUUUUUUUUCAUCAAUAAAACGCAAAUUCGUGUAUUUAUCUUUACAAUAUCAACCAAAUUUUAGAAUUGAAAUGUCUUUUACGAAUAAAUUUUUUACCCCGAAAAUAU